AUGUCUUCAGCGCAGUUGGCAGAGAUACAGCGCAGGAUAGCGAACGUGUCAAGGCGCUUGCGAAGGAUGCAAGAGCGGACACAGCGACGUGCCCGCGUCCUCCGACUUCAAACCCUGCUGGUGUACAUCUAUUCAGGACAUCAGUCCGAUGUGGCUGCCCGUUUCUGGGUUUCUCAUACAGGAACCUCCUUGUCCUUGGGCGAGGCUGCCGCUCAUGUCGAGUGGUUGUACAUCAGUGCCAGUGUUGACGAGAAGGUGGAGAUGAUGCUCAAUCCCCGGUGCAGUCUUGGCCUGCGUCCUCUCAUGGUGGCCUUGCGGUUCAUCGUGGAGCUGCAGCUUCUCUCUUGGGUCCAGUUCCAGAACUACGAGUGUGGAGUCGCUCCAUCACGAAAGAUGUUGCUUGAUCAUGCUCAGUCUUGUGUGCCCAAGGAUCUGCCUCCAUCCCUCACUGCCCGAUUGCUCCGCCCUUUCAAAACUGCUCGCAGCCAGCGCAAGGCCUUGGCUGCUUUCAGAAUGAAGCAUCGGUGCAAACUUGGAAAAUUGCGGUCGGAGGCUCCCAUCCCACUAGCUGAGAAGCAGGACAAGGCUCUGGCGUUCUACCAGUGGUGCAACUAUUGGCAAGCGAACACAGAGCGCGAGCCCUUGCUCAUCAACAUGGAUGAGUCAAGCCUUGCUUUUCAUUGGAGCGGCUUAGCUGGAACAGUUGCGGAGGCAGCAGUGAGUGUGGCGACAGACAAGGCGAAGCUCAGCAGCCGAAGGGCGCGGGUGACGUACCUUUGUUGCAUCACGCACGACAGCACAGUGCAACCGUUGCUCCCGCAAGUGUUGCUGGGCAAUUCUCGGUCCUUCCCCUUAGAGUUUGUGAAGCAGGCUGCAGAAGUUGAACCGGGCAUUACUGUUUGGCGGGAAAAAUCCGCUUGGAACUCACACAGGUUGAUGCGGAAGUUCCUCCGGUUGCUGUGUGCCCGUUUGGGCGACUUGUUGAAGACGCGCAGCGUGGGCUUAUUGCUCGAUUUCGCUCCGUGCCAUGUGCAUGAUUCGAUUUUUGAAUUGGCCCGAAGCGCGGGGCUGCGCUUGUUGUUUGUCCCCCCUGGCAUGACGCCACUCCUGCAGCCUUGUGACACCCACUGCUUUGCAGCCUUCAAAAAUAACGCCCAAGAGAAUUGGAGGGUGAAGAAGAGUGAAGCUGGUGGGCAUCCAACUCUGUUGAUGUGGUUCCAAGCUGUGGCAGCUGCAGUCCAUGACCUUGUUCAUAGAAGUUGGGCUCGGGCCUUUGAGAGUGAUGGAAUUCUGCAGCAACAGCGGAACAUGUCAAGUCAUUUGUUGAAGCAGCUACACUGGAGUACCGCCCCCCCAGGUCCCGCCAGUGUGGCCCAGCGAGGAGGUGGCAACUCUACUCUUUCCGCGCAACUGGUGUGGGAAUCGUGCGAAAUAUAUCAGUGGAAACCCUGA